AUGAAGCUCAACAUCUCUUACCCCGCCAACGGCACACAAAAGCUGAUUGAGAUUGACGAUGAGCGUCGCACUCACGUCUUCCUCGAGAAGCGCAUCGGCCAGGAAGUCGAGGGCGACAGCGUCGGCGACGAGUUCAAGGGAUAUCUGUUCAAGAUCACCGGAGGAAACGACAAGCAGGGAUUUCCCAUGAAGCAGGGAGUCAUGCACCCGUCCCGUGUCCGCCUUCUUCUCACCAAGGGCGUGUCUUGCUACCGUCCCCGUCGCACCGGUGAGCGCAAGCGCAAGUCCGUCCGUGGCUGCAUUGUCGCGAACGACCUUGCCGUGCUCUCGCUCGCGAUCGUCAAGCAGGGCGAGUCCGACAUUGCUGGCUUGACCGACACCGAGGCCCCCAAGCGUCUCGGACCCAAGCGUGCGUCAAAGAUCCGCAAGUUCUGGGGUCUGACCAAGGAGGACGACGUUCGCAAGUACGUUGUCCGCCGCACGAUUGAGAAGAACGGAAAGUCGUACACCAAGGCGCCCAAGAUCCAGCGUCUGGUUACUCCCCAGACCCUGCAGCGCAAGCGUCGUCUUCAUGCGCUCAAGAUCAAGCAGGCCGAGGCUCAGAAGGAGGCUGCUGCUGAGUACGCUCAGUUGCUUGCCAAGCGUGUGAGCGAGGGUAAGGCCAAGCGGGCUGAGAUUAAGAAGAGACGGGCUUCGUCUCUGCGGGCGGCGUCGACUAUUAAGGCUUAG